AUGCAGCUCUGGAGUUUGCUGCUGCCUCUUGCGCUUCUUUGUACAGCCGUAGCCAGUGGACCCGAAUGUGGGAUGGACGAGCGCUCCCGCAGGGCAAAAAGGGACACCAGGCACACCCGCCAGAUCCACUACACCGCCCUGGGCACCUGUGCCACCAGGUUAGCCCAAGGCAGGCGUUCCACUGCUAGUCUGGAGCCUCUGCCUGUCCCCCGCAGGAGGCAACAGCGGGAGGUAAAGGGCGAAGAGGAUUCCCUUACCCCAAGCAGGGCACUCUAUUUCAGUGGACAAGGUGAUCAGCUGCGGCUGAAAGCAGAUAUUGAGCUGCCCAGAGAUGCCUUCACUUUGCAAGUGUGGCUGAGAGCUGAAGGAGGACAGAGAUCACCAGCUGUCAUUGCAGGAUUAUAUGACAAAUGUUCUUACACCUCCCGUGACCGAGGAUGGGUCCUGGGGAUUAACACCGUCAGUGACCAGGGGAAUAGAGACCCCCGCUAUUUCUUCUCGCUGAAGACGGACCGUGCUCGCAAAGUCACCACCAUUGCCACUCAUCGCAGCUAUCUUCCCAACCAGUGGGUGCAUCUGGCUGCCACAUACGAUGGGCACCUGAUGAAACUCUAUGUGAACGGAGCCCAGGUGGCCACGAGUGGGGAGCAGGUGGGCACCAUCUUCAGCCUUCUGACCUUGAAGUGUAAAGUGCUCAUGAUUGGAGGAAAUGCUCUGAAUCAGAACUAUCGGGGUUACAUAGAACACUUCAAUCUCUGGAGGACGGCCUGGUCCCAGAAGGAGAUCUUGUUUGACAUGGGCCAGGUGAUUCAUGAACUAGACACCCCUCUACCUCAGCUAGUUCUUCAGGAGAGUUUACUGAAUGUGAAAAACACCUGGUCUCCCAUGAAGGAUGGCAGCAGUCCUCAGAUCGAAUUCAACUAUCACCAUGGCUACUUGUUGGAUACCAGUCUGGACCCUCCUCUUUGCGGGCAGACAGUCUGCGACAACGUGGAGGUGAUCGCCAGCUACAACAAGCUCCCCCGCUUCCGCCACAACAAGGUGGUGCGCUACCGAGUGGUGAACCUCUAUGACGAUGUGUACCAGAACCCCACCGUCAGCCGGCAGCAGAUCGAGUUCCAGCACCAGCAGCUGAAUGAGGCCUUCAGCUGCUACAACAUCACCUGGGAGCUGGAAGUCCUGGACGUGAGGAACUCGUCCCUCCGCCGCCGCCUCAUCCUGGCCAACUGCGACAUCAGCAAGAUCGGAGACGAGAACUGUGACCCCGAGUGCAACCACACGCUGACUGGGUAUGAUGGAGGGGACUGCCGGCACGUGCGUCACGCCCUGUUCCACAAGAAGAAGCAGAAUGGCGUGUGCGACAUGGAUUGUAACUAUGAGAGGUACAACUUUGAUGGUGGGGAAUGCUGUAACCCGGAGAUAACUGAUGUAACCAAGACAUGUUUUGAACCAGAUUCUCCUUACAGAGCAUACUUGGAUGCCAAUGAACUGAAGAACAUACUCAAACUCGAUGGAUCCACACACCUCAAUGUCUUCUUCGCUAAUUCCUCUGAGGAAGAGCUGGCUGGAGUGGCAACCUGGCCGUGGGACAAGGAAGCCUUGAUGCAUCUAGGUGGCAUCGUGCUGAACCCUUCCUUCUACGGCAUCCCUGGCCACACACACACAAUGAUCCAUGAAAUCGGGCACAGCCUGGGGCUCUAUCAUGUCUUCCGGGGAAUCUCUGAGAUCCUCUCCUGCAGUGACCCGUGCAUGGAAACUGAGCCUUCCUUUGAGACUGGAGACCUCUGCGGCGACACCAACCCUGCUCCAAAGCACAAACUGUGUGGGGACCCUGGACCUGGCAAUGACACGUGCGGUUUUCACAGUUUCCUAAACACACCGUACAGCAACUUCAUGAGCUAUGCAGACGACGACUGCACCAAUUCCUUCACGCCCAAUCAGAUGGCAAGAAUGCACUGCUACUUGGAUCUGGUGUACCAGAGCUGGCAGCCUGUCAAGAAGCCCGCUCCAAUUGCCAUUGCCCCGCAGAUCGUGGACCAAACUUCGAACUCCAUCGCUCUGGAGUGGUUUCCUCCCGUUGACGGUCAUUUCUUUGAAAGAGAAGUGGGAUCAGCAUGCGAUCUGUGUACAGAAGGAAGAGUCCUGGUGCAAUAUGCCUUCGGUGCCUCUUCACCAAUGCCAUGUGAUCCAUCUGGGCACUGGAGUCCACGGGAAGCAGAAGGUCACCCUGAUGUAGAGCAACCUUGUAAACCCAGUGUCAGGACUUGGAGUCCCAACUCAGGGGUCCACCAGCACACAGUACUGCCAGUCUGUCCCGAGCCCCAGGGCUGCUAUCUGGUGCUGGAGUUCCGCUAUCCCUUGAUCCCAGAGUCCCUCACGGUCUGGGUGACAUUCGUCUCCACGGACUGGGACUCCAGCGGAGCAGUGAAUGACAUCAAGCUUCUAACCAUCAGCGGGAAGAACAUCUCUCUGGGGCCCCAGAACGUCUUCUGCGACAUCCCUCUGACCAUCAAGCUGAAUGCCAAACAGGUGGGCGAGGAAGUGUACGGCAUCCAGAUCUACACCCUGGAUGAGCACCUGGAGAUUGAUGCGGCUAUGCUGAGCUCCAUCCCACGGAGCUUGCUGUGUGCAGACUGUAGACCCAUCUGGUACAAAGUGCUUCGGGACCCUCCCUUCCAGACUGGUUCUCCAUUUGUCAUCUCAAACCUCAGCAGGAGAUUCAUGGACACGGAGUUGAGUGAGAGUGUCGUGUAUACGUACCAAUUUGCCGUUAUUUCUGGGACAGAGGAGAGUGAACCCUCCCCCAUGACUCUAUAUACCCAUGGAAGUGGAUACUGUGGAGAUGGGAUUAUCCAAAAAGAUCUGGGGGAAGAAUGUGAUGACAUGAAUAAGAUCAAUGGCGAUGGCUGCUCCCUCUUUUGUCAGCAGGAGCUAUCCUUUAAUUGCCUUGACGAGCCCAGCAGGUGCUACUUCCAUGACGGUGAUGGUGUAUGUGAGGAGUUUGAGCAAAUGACCAGCAUCAAAGACUGUGGGGUUUAUACCCCCAAAGGCUUCCUGGACCAGUGGGCUUCCAACGUGUCAGUCUCUCAUCAUAGUGACCAGGGGUGCCCAGGCUGGGUGGUCAUUGGUCAGCCAGCAGCAACUCAGGUGUGCCGAACCAAGGUGAUGGACCUGAGUGAUGUGGUGUCUGAAUAUGCCUGGUAUCCCUGCACAGCCAACUUACCGUAUUCCCAUAUGACUCAGACCAUUUUCUGGCUAAAGGCAUAUUUUUCUCAGCCCAUGGUAGCUGCUGCUAUCAUUGUCCACUUGGUCACCGAUGGAACACACUAUCUGGAUCAGAAGCAGGAAACGAUCACUGUGCAACUGUUUGACACCAAGAAGCAAAACCAUGAUCUUGGUGUCCACGUUCUGAGCUGCAGGAACAAUCCCCUGAUUAUCCCUGUGAUCCAUGACCUCAGUCACCCCUUCUACCACACCCAGGCUGUCCUCAUUAGCUUCAGCUCCCCGUAUGUGGCCAUCUCUGGGGUGGCCCUCCGUUCCUUCCACAACUUCGACCCCAUCACCAUCAGCAGCUGUCAAAGAGGACAGACCUACAGCCUGGCAGAGCAGAGCUGUGUCCACUACUCCUGCGAAGCCACUGACUGUCAGGAGCUGCAGAUUGAGAAUGCUGUGCUGAACUGCACCAGUGAGGAGCUCCACAGCGGUGCCCAGUGCAGUGUGAGUUGCAAGAUGGGCUACAUUCUGCAAGUACAGCAAGACGAUGACCUCAUCAAGAGCCAGCUGGAGUCCAGCAUCACCGUGACUUGCACAGAUGGGAAAUGGAACAAACAGGUGGCCUGUGAACCAGUGGAUUGCGGCAUCCCAGACCAGUACCAUGUCUACCCAGCCACAUUCAACUGCAGCGAGGGUACCACCUUUGGAAAGAAAUGCUCUUUCAGUUGCCGACCUCCGGCCCUGCUGAAAGGAAACAACAGCAACUUGACAUGUAUGGAAGACGGGCUGUGGUCCUUCCCCGAGGCCCUUUGUGAGCUGAUGUGUCGAGCUCCAUCUCUAGUUCCCAAUGCAGAUCUUCAGACUGCCCGUUGCCGUGAAGAUAAGCACAAAGUGGGCUCCUUUUGCAAGUACAAAUGCAAACCGGGUUACCAUGUUCCUGGCUCCUCCAGAAAAGCAAAUAAGAGGGCCUUUAAGAUCCAGUGCAUGCAAGAUGGCACCUGGCUAGCUGGGGCGUGCGUGCCCGUCACCUGUGACCCUCCACCCUCGAAGUUCCAUGGGCUGUACCAGUGCACCAACGGCUUCCAGUUCAACAGUGAAUGCAGGAUCAAGUGUGAGGAAGACGACAAUCAAUCAGGCCGUGGUAACAACGUGAUUCACUGCCGGAAGGAUGGCACCUGGAGCGGCUCCUUUCACCUCUGCAAGGAGAUGCAGGGCCAGUGCUCUCUUCCCACUCAGCUCAACAGCAACUUCAAGCUGCAUUGUGCGCACGGCUAUGGAAUAGGAGCUGAAUGCACCACCUCGUGUCCGGAUCACAACGAGCCCAUCCUGCUGCAUGUGAAUGAGACCAUACAAGACAUCCAGCACUGGAUGAACCCUCAACGAGUGAAGAGCGUUGUCUGCACAGCAGGACUCAAGUGGUAUCCGCACCCAGCGCUGAUUCACUGCAUCAAAGCCUGCAACCCUUUCAUGGGGGACAACUACUGUGAUGCCAUCAAUAACCGAGCCUUCUGCAACUAUGAUGGUGGGGACUGCUGCACCUCAACGGUCAAGACCAAAAAGGUUAUUCCUUUCCCUAUGUCCUGUGACCUACAAGCAGAAUGUGCUUGCCUAGACCCCAACGCUCAAGAGAACAGUCAGAAGGAUGGACGCAGCUUCAGUCGCGGGUAACGUCCGGCAACACGGAAUGGACGAUCACACCGCUAAAGGCAGGCUCGGAGAGACACCACAUCCCUUUUUGGUAUUGUCUUUAACAUUUAGCUGCUCAACUGGAUGGCAUUUCUGCACCAGGGACCUUUAGAAUUCACCCAGUCUGCCUUUAAUUUUUGUCCAAGGAGAACUCAAAGUGGGGGGUUAUGUAUUAAGUAUAUCUUAAAUAGCAAAAACAACAAACAAGCAAAAACAAAGAGUCGAGUCAAGACUUUUAAGUAUCAAAACAGCAUGUGUUUAUGCAGUUGUGCG